UGCGCUCGCCCCCGGCUCCGCUUCCUCUCGCGCAGGGCUGUGCCCGUCGACCUUGUGCGCUCCUGCGGCGGAGAGUGAACACUGCUGUCCUGCGCGCGGCCAGACGAGAUCCUGCAACAUGUCCAUUUUGAAGAUCCACGCUCGUGAAAUUUUUGACUCCCGUGGAAACCCCACGGUGGAGGUCGAUCUCUUCACUAAGAAAGGUCUCUUUAGAGCUGCAGUACCCAGCGGUGCUUCCACUGGCAUCUAUGAGGCCCUUGAACUCCGUGAUAAUGACAAGACCCGCUACCUUGGCAAAGGUGUCAAAAAAGCUGUUGAGCAUAUCAAUAAAACAAUUGCACCUGCCCUGGUUAGCCAGAGCGUGUCCGUCUUGGAGCAGGAGAAGAUUGACAAGCUGAUGAUCGAUAUGGAUGGAACAGAAAACAAGUCUAAGUUUGGUGCAAAUGCCAUCCUGGGUGUGUCCCUGGCUGUGUGCAAGGCCGGAGCUGCAGAGAAGGGUGUCCCGCUCUACCGCCACAUCGCCGACCUCGCCGGAAACCCCGACGUCAUCCUCCCUGUCCCUGCCUUCAACGUCAUCAACGGUGGCUCCCAUGCUGGCAACAAGCUGGCCAUGCAGGAGUUCAUGAUCCUACCCAAUGGGGCCAGCAGCUUCAAGGAGGCCAUGCGCAUUGGAGCCGAGGUCUACCACAACCUGAAGAAUGUCAUCAAGGAGAAGUACGGGAAGGAUGCCACCAACGUGGGCGAUGAGGGCGGCUUCGCCCCCAACAUUCUGGAGAACAAGGAAGCGCUGGAGCUGCUCAAGACCGCCAUCAGCAAGGCUGGCUACACUGACAAGAUCGUGAUUGGCAUGGACGUGGCUGCCUCCGAGUUCUACAAGGAAGGCAAAUACGACCUGGACUUCAAAUCUCCCGACGACCCCAGCCGUUACAUUAGUCCGGACCAACUCGGCAACCUCUACAUGAGCUUUGUGAAGGACUACCCUGUGGUCUCCAUCGAGGAUCCAUUUGACCAGGAUGACUGGGAAGCCUGGUCCAAAUUCACUGCCAACACGAGCAUCCAGGUAGUGGGCGACGACCUGACCGUGACCAACCCCAAGCGCAUCGCUAAGGCCAUAUCGGACAAGGCCUGCAACUGCCUGCUGCUCAAGGUCAACCAGAUCGGCUCCGUCACCGAGUCUCUGCAGGCCUGCAAGUUGGCCCAGUCUAGCGGCUGGGGUGUGAUGGUGAGCCACCGCUCCGGAGAGACUGAGGACACCUUCAUUGCUGACCUGGUGGUUGGUCUGUGCACUGGCCAGAUCAAAACAGGUGCCCCCUGCCGAUCUGAGCGUCUGGCCAAGUACAAUCAGCUGCUAAGGAUCGAGGAGGAGUUGGGAGACAAGGCCCGCUUCGCUGGCAAGAACUUCAGAAGGCCAAUCUGAAGAGGCAUCCCCCCGGCCCCCGCCAACCUCUACAUCAUCAUCCUCACACUUCCACACACAGCCACGCAGAAUCACUAAACGGAGCAGAGCAGUGCUGGAGGGGCAGUGAAACCAGAGAUCCGCGGCAUGAAACACUGCUUCUGGUGCCAGCUGGUGGUCCAUCCUCCUGCACCCUUAUAGCAUUGGUCCUUUAAUUAUGUCCGUGUUUAGUGUGCGAGAUUUGCUUUUGCUUCUUGUUGUAGUGUUUCUGGUCCUCUACUAAGUGUUUUCAUAAAGCACUGAGUUGCAUUGUGUGCUCGGCGUCCAAAGCCAGAAGUGUGUGCGUUGUGUUGCCUUUGAAUAGCUGUGAGGCAUGGCGUAAAAGCAAAUAAAAGUAUCCCCAAGUGGAA